AUGACCACUCCUCGAGUUUUCAUCAUCCGCCAUGGCGAAACUGAAUGGUCACUGAAUGGCCGACACACUGGCACCAGCGAUAUACCCUUGACUGAGGCUGGCGAGGCCCGGAUCCGUGCCACCGGUCGAGCUCUGAUCGGCGACGACCGCCUCGUCGUACCGCGCAACCUCGCCCACAUCUACGUAUCGCCGCGCAAGCGUGCCCAGCGGACAUUGGAGCUUCUCGGACUGGGCUGCACAGCGCCGAUGCCGUGGGCCGCGCACGGCGAGGCGAUUCUUGACACGCCUCAUUCGACCGAUGCGCGGAUCGAGAUCGAUGAGCGGGUGUGCGAGUGGGAUUAUGGCGAGUACGAGGGCGUGACGAGCAAGGAGAUCCACAAGAUGAGGGCAGAGAAGGGUGAAUCGGUGUGGAACAUCUGGCGAGAUGGAUGUCCAGGUGGAGAAUCACCACAAGAGAUCACCGAGCGCCUCGACGCCAUCAUCGCCGACAUCAGACGACGGUUCCACGCCGAUGCCAUCGGGAAGCCAAAGAGCGAAAUCAAGAGACCAUACGAUGUCUUGAUCGUCGCCCACGGCCACAUCCUACGUGCUCUAGCGGGCCGCUGGGUGAAUAAAGACAUCGCUGACAAUCCGAGCCUCAUCUUGGAGGCAGGAGGAGUGGGCACGUUGAGCUACGAGCACCAUAGUUUGGAGGAGCCGGCGAUCCUUCUAGGUGGCGCUUUCAUGUCUGAUAUUGCGAAGACAAACGAGGAUGGGAAAUGA